GACUCAUAGCAUCUUCGUUUUUCCUUCUUCCCAUCCCAACCCAAUCCAAACCAAUAAAACCUGUGGAAAAUUCAAAAUGAAAUUAAGAUCGAAAGUAACAAGCAUAUCCACGACUGGACUAACUGCUCGUCGUCGCUCCUCUCUCGUUCUCUUUCUCUUUAUGUUGUGCUUGUAGCUGCCGGGGUUGCUGCUGCUGUAAUCACAAAGAAUUUUCUGAAAUGCCAGGAAACAUUCAAGUUUCUGUGUUGGAUAUAGUGGAUUUUCCAUCUUCAACUUCUUCUUCGUCUUCAUCGGUUUCUUUAAAGGUUUCUAUGGGGAGGAGGGAAUAUCAAACAUGGGACAAAGGAGAAUUCACUUUCCCGUUGUUGACCCUCCGAGACAACUUGAUCAUUACACUCCUGGAUGCCGAGGGGAAACAACUAUCACGGACAGGUAUAGAAACCAUGUCUAUAGUUCAGAAAGGGUUCUGGGAUGAUUUAUUUCCUCUUGAAGGGGGUGGAAAGCUGCACAUGAAGCUGAAGCUCAUCCUCAGUGAAGAGGAGCGCAAGAGGAUUCACCAAGUGAGAGAAUCUGCAGUGAAGAAGAAACAUGCUGGUAGUAGAUUGGUGCCACUGUCCUCAUACCUCAAACAUGAGGUUGCAGAUUUGCAAGAACAACCUGCUCAAAUUGAAGCUGUAAGCAUUGGAGAGCGUCCCAUGCUAGAUGGUUUGCUAUCAAACCCUGUUGAUUGUCACAGUGAUUUAUCUGCUCCCAUAAACAAGGAAGACACCACUCUUGAUAAACUGGAGAGAACAACCCCAGAUAGCAGUGAAGCAUGUCCAUCAAAUGCUCCAUUGUCACUACAGCAUAACGUCCUCUAUCUAACAGAAGCAAUUCAAAAGAAUUCAGAGGGUGAAAUUGAGAACCUGGCAACUCCUGAUGUUCCUUUGAGAUCUGUUCCUAAACAGGAAACUUCAUAUCCUCAGUUAAGAUCUUCAGGAUGCCAUAGUACUGAAAAUGAAAACCCAGUUUCUGCCUCACUGCACAAAGAUGAAAGUCAUGGCACCAAUAAGGAGACUGCAUUGGAAAAAACUCCUAGCAAUUUAAGGAAUCUUAUAAGUGCCUUCGAGAGUAAUCUAGUUCAGCAGGAACAGAGAGCUCAAGUUUAUCCAUCAACAAUAAAAUCCCAGUCAAACAAGAUUGACAGAGAAGAUUAUCAUAAUAAUACAUUUAUAAGGGAAGCUAAGGCAGAGAAAACAACAGAACAUAUAUAUGGAAGUGGUGAAAAUUUAUUUUCCACAGGGAGGCCAUUGGAGUUGACUCCACAACAAAGGCCAAACUACUUGAGAAAAAAAGUAGAUCAAAGUUAUCAAAUAAUUUUGGAUUCAAAGACUGAAAGUAGACCGCUUGGGGGUUUCCCAUCUCUAAAUACCAGACAUUUGGAAUUGUUAGAUGCAAAAACCAGACAGGCUGGAAAAACGGACUCAGAUGGAAAAGAUAAGUUCAAAUUAAAGGGUAAGGUAGAAAAUAAAAAUGAAAAAAUGAUGUCUCCACCAGGAUUACCUGUACCAUCUGCAACAGAAACAGCUUCAAUUUCAGGAACAAUGCUUGAAAGGCCCGUGGUUAUUCAGCAAUCAUCUAAUCCAUACAUUGACCAACAAAAAUCUGCUGUUGGUGUAAUUUUAGAUAAGGAUAGAUCUACAACCUGCAGAGAAGAUUUGGAAAAGCUGAAUGUGUAUGGAGCUUCAAAUGAAAAGCAGAAAUUAGAAGUAUAUUCUAGAGUUAAAUAUUGUGCCUUUGAAGGCCUAAAUAGCUGGCUGUUCCCAGAUGAAGCAAGAAAUUUCUGUGCUACAACUGGGAGUAAACAGAUGAUGGAUAUCAUGAGAAACUGUCUACAUGGAGAAACUCAUGACAGGGAGAUGAGUUUUUAUGAAAAGGAAAUUUAUAGUGAACAUGAUAUGCAUGGUAACAUGGAUAUCAAGGUGAAUAAAGAUGAGGGGACUUCCCACAAUUUGAAGAAAUCAAAGCCUAAGAGUUCAAGAAAUGUAAAAUAUUCUAGAGGACUGGCCACACAGGCAGUAAAAGUCGCAAUAAUAGUGGCAUUUGGGACACUUGUUCUUACAACCAGACAAAGAAAAACCAGAUAAAAUUGCUAGGUGAAUUGUGGUUCUGUCAUCCCAAAGAAAACAUACCAGAGAGAUCUAACCUCCUUUCCUUGGCAUUUAUUGCUCUCUUAUUGCAUAUACCUUUCAUGUUACAAAUUCUUUCUAUUUGAAAAUUGUGAUACAACUGUUUCAUCAAGCUCAGAUCUCAUUGGCUGCAGGAGCAUAGUAGGCUUUUGGUUUCAUUGUCCUAAUGUAAAGUUUUUCUUUAAUUUAUACAAGUGACAGUUUUGAAAUAAAAAGGUGAAAAUUG